UGUUUGUUUUUUCCGUAAUUCGGGAAGGAGGAGAAAAAAGAGAACCCGAGAAAGAAAAGCGAAGAAACGACCGCCAGAAAGCAUAAAUCACAGCAGAGGAAGUGUCCAGAAGUUCCGGGGUAACCACCGAGGACUGUACCGAUGGCUACCGGCGGAGGAAACGUCAUCGCGGCGGCUCCGGUCGGCAGUGGAGGCGGAGGAAAUGUGGAGUGGCAUGUCCGACCACCAAACCCUAAAAACCCUGUUGUGUUCUUCGAUGUCUCCAUCGGUGGCAUUCCCGCCGGUCGGAUCAAGAUGGAGCUCUUCGCCGACAUUGCUCCGAAGACUGCUGAGAACUUCAGGCAGUUCUGCACUGGUGAAUACAGAAAGGCUGGGAAGCCUCUUGGUUACAAAGAAUGUCAGUUUCAUAGAGUAAUCAAGGAUUUUAUGAUUCAAGGUGGUGACUUUAUUAAGAAUGAUGGUAGCGGAUGCAUGUCCAUUUACGGCCACAAGUUCGACGAUGAAAACUUUAUAGCCAAACACACUGGGCCAGGACUGCUAUCUUUGGCAAACAGUGGGCCGAACACAAAUGGGUGCCAGUUCUUCAUCACCUGUGCAAAAUGCGACUGGCUUGACAAUAAACAUGUUGUCUUCGGGAGAGUGCUUGGGGACGGUCUUCUGGUGAUGCGGAAGAUCGAGAACGUGGCCACGGGACCCAACAACCGUCCUAAGCUUGCCUGUGUGAUCACCGAGUGCGGCGAGAUGUGAAAUUUUACGACGGUUCGCCGGAUAAUUUUCUCUUCGGACAAGACAGGGGUUCGUCGAGUUCGGAGUGUUUAUGCUACGAGAGGGACUUGUAGAAACUAUUUACUUGAGUUAAAUACACAUAUAUGACUAAUUUAUAUAAGUUAGAGGUUUUAAUGACUAAUUUAAAGUAUAUUGUUUAAUUUUA